AAUAUCCCUUUAUCAUUAUAUUAUUAUAUAAAUAUAUAUAUUUAUAUAUUCUGAUUUGUUUCUCACUCACUCACUAUUAUUCUAUUCUAUUCAACCAUACCAUACUCUCCGGAUCAAAUGGCCGCCCUGUCCUGCUCCGCCGCGGAUCUCAGCCCUCUCCUCUCUGCCGCCGCUACCAACGCCACCGCCGCCGCCGACUACAUCUGCGCCCAAUUCGAUGCCGUCUCCAACAAGUUCGUCGACACAGCCUUCGCCGUCGAUACCACUUACCUCCUCUUCUCGGCCUACAUGGUAUUUGCCAUGCAGCUAGGGUUCGCCAUGCUCUGCGCCGGCUCCGUCCGCGCCAAGAACACCAUGAACAUCAUGCUCACCAACGUCCUCGACGCCGCCGCCGGCGGCCUCUUCUACUAUCUCUUCGGUUUCGCCCUGGCAUUUGGCUCUCCCUCCAACGGCUUCGUCGGCAGCCACUUCUUCGGCCUCAAGAACGUUCCCUCUUCCUCCUUCGACUACGGCUUCUUCCUCUACCAGUGGUGCUUCGCCAUCGCCGCCGCCGGGAUCACCAGCGGCUCCAUCGCGGAGCGAACCCAGUUCGUGGCCUAUUUGAUCUACUCUUCCUUCUUGACAGGAUUCGUGUACCCGCUCGUCUCUCACUGGUUCUGGUCGGCGAAUGGUUGGGCCAGCGCUAGCCGAGCCGAUAACCUUCUGUUUGGAUCCGGAGUCAUCGACUUCGCCGGGUCCGGAGUGGUCCACAUGGUCGGAGGCAUUGCCGGCUUGUGGGGCGCACUCAUCGAAGGCCCACGCAUCGGCCGGUUCGAUCACGACGGAAAGCCAGUUUCGUUGCGAGGACACAGCGGAACACUGGUGGUUCUCGGCACUUUCUUGUUGUGGUUCGGCUGGUUCGGGUUCAACCCGGGUUCAUUUCUCACCAUACUGAAGCCGUACAGAGAGAGCGGCUCGUUCUACGGGCAGUGGAGCGCCGUCGGGAGAACGGCAGUGACGACGACCCUCGCCGGAUGCACGGCGGCUCUAACCACCCUUUUCGGAAAACGGCUACUGAUCGGGCACUGGAACCUGAUCGACGUUUGCAACGGGUUAUUAGGUGGGUUCGCGGCGAUCACCAGCGGGUGCUCUGUGGUGGAGCCGUGGGCGGCGGUGGUUUGCGGGUUUGUGGCGGCGUGGGUGCUGAUCGGCUGCAACAAGCUGGCGGAGAAGCUGAAGUACGACGACCCACUAGAGGCGGCGCAGCUGCAUGCGGGGUGCGGCGCGUGGGGGGUAAUCUUCACGGCGUUGUUUGCGGAGGAGGUUUACGUGGCCGAGAUCUACGGCGGCGGGGUGGGGAGGCCCUUCGGGUUGCUGAUGGGCGGGGGAGGAGCGCUUCUGGCGGCGCAUUUGGUUCAGAUUGUGGCGAUUACAGGGUGGGUGAGCGUUACGAUGGGGACAUUGUUCUUGGGGUUGCACAGUUUGAAGCUUCUGAGGAUAUCGCCGGACGAUGAGAUGGCCGGAAUGGAUCUGACCAGCCAUGGAGGGUAUGCGUAUCACGGCGAUGGAAAUGGGGAGGCCGAAAACCAGAGGGGAUUCAUCAUGGCCUGAUUUGAUGAUUGGAUUGUACAUUGGUUUUCGAAAUUACUAAUUAAUUAAUUAGAGACUUUUACAGUUGAAGUUAUCUUUUUGGUUUAUUUGGGGAAUUUGUUUUUAAUAAUUGUUAAAUAUUAAAAAAGUUAUGUUCUUUGAAAUGACUUUCGU